AUGUCAUCAACAAUGGAUCAAGUUGUUAAACGUGCCAAAGAAGGUUUUGGUCAAAUGUUUGAUAAAAGUCUUCGUGAUCUCGUUCGUGGAAUAAGAAACCACAAAGAUAAUGAAGCCAAAUAUAUCACUGAAUGUAUGGAUGAAAUUAAACAAGAACUUAAACAAGAUAAUAUUGCCAUUAAAGCAAAUGCUGUUAAUAAAUUGACUUACCUUCAAAUGCUUGGCUAUGAUAUAUCUUGGGGUUCAUUUAAUAUAAUUGAAGUUAUGAGUUCGUCAAAAUAUACAUUUAAAAGAAUCGGUUAUUUAGCUGCGUCACAAUGUUUUCAUGAAGGGACAGAUGUACUAAUGUUAACAACAAAUAUGAUUCGAAAAGAUUUGAAUAGUUCAUCAAUGUAUGAAGCCGGUACUGCCAUGAGUGGUUUAUCCUGUUUUAUUAACGGCGAUUUAGCUAGAGAUCUUGCCAAUGAUCUGAUGAGUUUGAUGACAUCAACUAAACCUUAUGUAAGAAAGCGAGCUGUACUAUUAUUGUAUAAAGUAUUUUUAAAUAAUCCAGAUUCGUUAAAACCAGCAUUUCCACGCCUAAGAGAAAAAUUAGAAGAUCCUGAUCCAGGUGUGCAAGCUGCUGCUGUCAAUGUUAUAUGUGAAUUAGCUCGUCGAAAUCCUAAAAAUUAUUUAGCAUUAGCACCGAUAUUCUUUCGUCUAAUGACUUCAUCGACAAACAACUGGGUACUAAUUAAAAUAAUCAAAUUGUUUGGUGCAUUGACACCAUUGGAACCUCGUUUAGGAAAAAAGUUAAUUGAACCUUUAACAAAUUUGAUUCAUAGUACAUCUGCAAUGUCGUUGCUAUAUGAAUGUAUCAAUACAGUUAUAGCUGUUCUUGUUUCAAUAUCUUCCGGUUUACCAAAUCAUGGUACCUCUAUUCAAUUAUGUGUACAAAAAUUACGAAUUCUUAUUGAAGAUUCUGAUCAAAAUCUUAAAUAUCUUGGAUUAUUAGCCAUGUCAAAAAUACUAGAAACUCAUCCAAAAAGUGUUCAAGCACAUAAUGAUUUAAUUAUGCAAUGUUUAGAUGAUAAAGAUGAUUCGAUUCGUUUACGAGCAUUAGAUCUUCUGUCAGGAAUGGUGACGAAAAAAAAUCUAAUGGAUAUUGUUCGAAAAUUAAUGAUUCAUAUGAAUAAAGCAGAAGGUUCACAUUAUCGUGAUGAAUUGUUAUCAAAAAUUAUUAAUAUUUGUAGUCAAAAUGAUUAUCAAAAUAUCACAAAUUUUGAAUGGUAUAUAAGUAUUUUAGUUGAAUUGACGCGUUUAGAAGGGACAAAACAUGGUAGUCUGAUAUCGUUACAAAUGUUAGAUGUAGCUGUUAGAGUAGAAUCAAUUAGACAAUUUGCUUGCAAUCAAAUGACUAUAUUACUGGAAAAUGCUCACAUGUUUAUUGUUGGUUCACAAUCGACGAAUAUAGCGGAAGUAUUGUAUGCUGCUGCUUGGAUAUGUGGAGAAUUUUGUUCUUAUUUGAAAGAACCAGAGAAAACAUUAAAUUCAAUGUUAAAUACAAAAGUCACUCAGUUUCCUGGUCAUAUUCAAUCGGUUUAUUUUCAAAACAUUUUAAAAAUCAUUACACAUAUUCUCACACAAGUUGAUGGAGAAGAGAAAGAGAAAAUGGGAGAAAUGUUAAAGUUGAUUUCAACUACCAUAGAUAAAUUAGAACUAUUUUUACUUAGUGGAGAUGUUGAAGCACAAGAAAGAGCUAGUGUCGUUUUAAAUGUACUGAAAAUAGCAUUGAAAUUAAUUCAACGUAAUGAACUUCAUACAUCAGAAUUGACCGCACUAUUUGAUGGAAUUUUAAAUCCAGUUGCGCCCAAAGCACAACGUAAAGUGGCGAUCCCCCAAGGCCUUGACUUGGAUGCAUGGAUCAACGAUCCACCGUCAGAAAGCGAAGACGAAAUAGAGUCUGCCUUGUCUUCAUACAAAUCAAAGACUUUAUUUUAUGAUCAUGCUGACAAUCAUAGGACCAGCGGCGAUAGCUUUUAUCAUGGAAGUAAUGUAAUAUCGCCUGUUAUCGGUACACAUCAAAAGUCGAAACAUUACGAAGAACCAACUGCUGAAGAAUUAGAAAAACAACGUGAAAUUCGAAAACAAAGUGAAAAAAUAAAUCCAUUCUAUUUGAAAGAUACAUCGAAAUCAUCACGUCCCAUACAACAAACCGAUAUACAGAACUCGAAUGGUUCGCAAGUCUCUGCGUCCACUCUUGGUCGACCAACUCUUCCAUUAGGUUUACCAUUAUCGUCAUCCGAUCAAUAUUAUCGUCAGUCCAAAAUUGAUGAAGAAAAUCGUCGUCUAAAGAAAAAAAUGAAAACAAAAACAACAUCCCAAGAUUCAACAGAUGUAAUUCUCGAUAGUAAAACCAAAAAAUCUAAAAAAUCUAAAAAACAAAGUAAACAAAAUGCAACUGUUGAUAAUGAAAAUGAAAAUGAUGAUGAUUUAUAUCCGGAAAUUCAAGUGAAACGUGGUGGUGAAUUGCCCGAAGGUGUUCAAGAGAAUGAAAUAGAUCUCGAAGAUGAUACCAACGAAACGAAGUUACCAAAAAAUGAUCCACAUCGGGCACUGAACAUUAAUCUAGAAGAUAUAGUUAAACCUACACAACAACAACAACAACAACAACUUUCAUCUGCUCAAGUUACUACCUCUCCAUCUCCACUAAAAGAAGAAUUACACAAGAAAAAGAAAAAGGACAGAAAAAAAUCAACACAAAGUGAAGAUACAAAUCCAACAGUACCAUCGAAACAACGAACACGUGACGAUUAUAAUGAAAUUUUACCGACCAUGGAUGAUGCUGGCAAUCAACAAGAAUCUUCUGUUCCAACAGAAAAUGAAUCGACUAUUAGCAAGAAAAAAACAAGUAGAAAAGAGAAAACAAAAAAUGAGUCUAAGUCGAUAGUCAAUAGCAAGGAAGAAAAAUCUUUAAAAAAAAAGAAUAGAAUAACGACUGUAGUAGCACCAAUAGACAAUAAUAAGAGUAAUUCAGAAGCAAAUUUAUUUGAUAUAAUGAAUGAUGAUCAAUUUAAUAUGGAACAAACGUCCACAAGUAAUAGCGUCACGGCUGAUGAUUAUAAACUAGCUGCACAAUCAUCAAAUAUCAGAGUUGAAUAUUCUAUAUCACCUACAUCGACAAAUAAUUAUUUAAACGUAAAAUUUUUAUUAAAAAGUUUAACAUCAUCCAUAAUAAAUUCGUGUGAAAUAAAAGUUAUUGAUUCAUUAAGCUCAAAAUUAGUUCUAUCAUUACCACCACCACAAAUAUACGAUCAAAAAACAAAUUCCCUCCAUUUUCCAUCGAUUACACUUUUUCCUUAUAGUCAAAAUUAUUUAAAUAUUCAAUUUUUAAUUACACAAAUAUCAUUUGCACAAAAAUUAAAGACAACAUUUACAUGUUCUGUGCAAGUAUGUAUGAUUUAUCUAUGAUCAACAUUCGAAUUUAAACGAAAAACUUAUUAUUGUGAUUCUAUACUUAAUUUUUCUAGCUGAAACUGUGUGAGAUUCUAUUGGCAGAGCUCUUUAUGUGAUGCAUUUUUCGUCGACCGACUUUUCAUCGAAAGAUUUUUCAUCGAACGACAUUUCGUCGCAUUGAUGUACUAUUGAAGUUUUCUAGAUAACUGAACGAUAACCACAAAGUAAAUAAUAGUACACUGGCUGUAAGUAGCUUGGGUUGAAGGACGGUUUAGGAAAUAUAAGUUAAUUCUUCGACAUAUGACACAAUGAAAUACGUAUAAAGUAGAGGAGAAAAAAAGUGCCUUUAAAUGUCGUACAAUUUGAACUUGAUCAUAGAAGAACAGAAAGGUUUUUUAAAAAGUUAAUAAAGCAGUAUAUGUACACAUUUUAUAUUGUUUGUCUUCCUUUUUACAUGAUUUGUGCGAUGCGAGAAUGUUAUAGUCAAAAGUAAAACAUUCUAUCUAUCUAUCUAUCUAUAUAUAUAAAGAAGAAAGUUUGUUUGUAUGUUUGUUCUCUAUGCAUUCAGUCCCUGUAAGAGCUAAAGCAGCCAAAAUUUGCAUGGCACACCCUUGGGUCCAGGGAAAGGUCAAGAGGGGGUCGGCGAGACCGAAGGAGGGGGGGGGAGAGUUCCCAC